AAAUGGUCUCUGGAGGCUUCAUACUCUGCGUAAAUUCGGAAAUCGGCGUGCUUCCUCGAUCUCGAAUUUUCCCCGCGCAGAAGUCAAUGAAGUGCAGAAAAAUUCUCAAAAUACGUUUAACUUCAAGAACCUUGAAGGAUUAGAUCACGUGUGUGAUGGCAUAACAAAGAUAUCGACAUUACCGAAUGGUGUACGCGUUACAACCGAAAAUACACCCGGGCACUUCUCAGCAGUCGGUGUGUGCAUAGAUGCAGGAUCGAGAUACGAGACACCACAAAACAUAGGUGUAUCCCACAUUGUAGAUCGUUUAGCUUUUAAGAGCACCGCUACCUACACAAGUCAGCAAAUAAGAAAUAUCAUAGAGUCACUGGGAGGCAACGUUAUGUGUGUCAGCAGUCGUGAAUCAAUUAUGUAUCAAUCCGCUAUUUUCCCCCAAGAUUUACCCAAGGUUAUAGACAUCUUCUCGAAUGUGAUUCGUAACCCUCUCGUGAGCCCCGAAGAAGUGGCAGAACAACAAGAAACUGCAUUAUAUGAAAUUGAGGAAAUAUGGAAAAAACCCGAAUUGAUCAUGCCCGAGUUGCUUCACACUGUUGCAUUUAAGGAUAAUACAUUGGGAAAUCCGAUAUUAUGCCCGGAAGACAGGUUGAAAACAAUGACUCCACAAAUAAUAAAAGAUUACAUAUCAACUUGGUUCCGUCCAGAGCGAAUAGUCGUGGCUGCUGCUGGGGCACGCCACGAGGAUGUCGUCGAGUUGGUUUUGAAGCACUUCGGAGACAUGCCGAAAUCUCCGGAAUUUAAUGCGCAUCCAUCAUUGUCAUAUGCUGUCACGUCACCUAGUUACAAACAAUCUAAAACGUCUUUGUACAAAACUAUUACAACAGCGGCAACAUCAUUGCUUAGUUUGAAACAUCCAACAGUGUCUUCUGUGCCAACUCAAAAAGCACAUUAUACGGGAGGUACUCUUUUUAUCGAUCAAGCCCUUCCACAUACACAUCUUUAUAUAGCAUUCGAAGGACUUUCAAUCCAUGAUCCAGAUAUUUACGCGCUUACGGUACUUCAAAUGUUACUUGGCGGUGGGGGUUCCUUUUCUGCUGGUGGCCCUGGAAAAGGAAUGUAUACUCGCCUAUUCACAAAUGUCCUCAAUCAAUAUCCAUGGAUGGAGUCAUGCGUAUGCUUCAAUCAUUGUUAUACCGAUUCGGGCCUUUUCGGUAUUAUGGCAUCGUGUCGCCCAGAACACAAUAAUGUCCUCGUAGACGUUAUUUCCCGGCAAUUCGAUUUGGUGACAAGCUAUGGUCGGGGUGGCGUGACCCAACAAGAACUCAUACGCGCAAAAAAUCAACUAAAAAGUAGUUUGUUUAUGAAUUUAGAAUCACGAAUGGUUCAACUAGAAGAUCUGGGAAGACAGGUUCAAGUUCACGGGUUUAAGAUUUCGGCAGAAGCAAUGUGCAAAAGGAUUGAUGAUGUCUCAUUGGAUGAUCUUGUAAGGGUUGCGAGAAGGGUCAUCAAAGAAAAAGUCAGUGGUACCGGUGAAAUUUCGGUAGUGGCACAGG